AUGGAAGGUUCUCCAAGGUCGUCGUUGGCAAUCGGCAUUGCUGCUGUUGCGCUUGUCGCCGCUUCUAGCAUUCCUGCUGUUAAGUCGAUUUGGGGCCGAUGGCAGCUACAAAAGCGCGGCAGCGUCUAUCAGUUCUUGCAAGAGCUGUAUCAUGACCAGGAUGGAUCCGCAACUGAAGAAUCAGCCAGAGCUUUCUCCGCGACACUCCAACACUCUUCAAUCACGAUAUUGUCCCUAGUGGGCUUGCUGGUGUCGCUUGCGCUGGCUGUCCUCACAACUGCUGGCCAUUCAGCCGCCGCUUACCCAGGACCCAUUGAACAAUGGCUCCAUUUUGCAAUCUGGGCCCUUCUCUCUGUUCAAGCAGUCUCUUUCUUUACUGAGCCCUCCUCUCGAAAACGGUUUUCGUUGGGCCUUUUCAGUGCUACUUCAUGCGGUAUAUUCGUCAUUAUAACCUGUGCUCAGGUUGGCCUCAUCGGCUCAUGGAUCAAAUCCCCGUCUCUCAAGACCGUUUUCGAUAUCCUCGUCAUGAUUGAGCUCUUAGCCGCGCUUCUAGCCUGCUGCACAUCUCUUCUUAUACCACGUCGCCCCGAUGUUUUCAGAAACGGCAAGAUUGUGGAUCGUCAGCAUACUACGUCGUUUCUCGGGAAAAUUUCAUUCGCCUGGUCUGGGUCUUUACUGCGAUUCGCCACCAAAAAUCAGGGUCUGGGGAUCGACGACCUCCCGGAGUUGGAUUAUGCUACUCGUUCGAGGUCCUUGCUUGAAUCCUUUGAAAAAUCUAAAAGGAAAGGGGAAAAGUUGUGGAGGACAUUGGCGCGUGAAUAUGCUUCUCCCCUGCUUAUACAGCUAGCCCUCUCUUCUAUCAGUGCUGUGAUCAGCUUCGCUCCGCAAGUUACCCUCCUAGGAAUCCUACAAAGCUUGGAGGCGAGGUCUUCCGGCUCUUUCAAUCUGGCGGUAUUAUGGCUAUGGGUCUUCGCUCUGGGUGCGUCAAUUGCUAUUGAAAGUAUACUCGAAUCCUGGCUGUUUUGGGUGGUAUAUCAUAGACUCGCCAUUCCGGUCUAUGAACAAAUAUCCGCCGUUGUUUUCGCCAAAUCUCUUCGUCGAAAAGAUGUGAAAGGAUCCCAGAAUUCCGGCGACGAGAGCUCAACCGCGAAGGUCAAGGUUGGAGACGAGGACGCUGACGAGGAGGAUCUUGGCCACAAUUCUCGUCAGGGUACAAUUAACCUUAUCGCUAUUGAUGCCAAACGAAUUUCGGAUUUUGGUGCCUUCAACUGUAUCAUUCCCGAGACUAUUAUAAAACUUACUGUCGGCUUUUUAUUCCUGAUUCGCCUUAUCGGUUGGCAGAGUCUUAGCGCCGGGCUGCUAGUAGCCCUUAUCAUUGUUCCUCUCAACAUUAUAACCGCUAAAAGGUACUCGGCAGCUCAGACCUCUAUAAUGAAAUUUCGGGAUCAGAAAAUGGCUGUUAUUACAGAGGCUCUUCAGGGGAUCAGACAGAUUAAAUUUUCGGCUUUAGAAACUCAGUGGGAGCGGAAAAUCUUCGAUAUCAGGAACACAGAAUUACAUGCACAGUGGAUGGCCUUUGUAUACGAUACGAUCCUCAUAUCCAUUUGGAUCCUUGGCCCAGUCAUGUUAUCCGCGGUUUCUCUUGGUACAUACUCUCUUCUACACGGCGGACUCUCUGCCUCGGUCGCCUUUACCACCAUGGCCAUAUUUUCAUCACUUGAAUUUGCUUUAGCAAUCCUCCCUGAAUUAAUAGCUGAUUUCGUCGAGGCGUGGAUCAGCGCGGAGCGCGUGGAGAAAUACUUAAACUCUGCGGAACGGAUUCAAAUCACCACCCCUGCGGACCACCUCGCCUUUGAAAAAGCAACAGUGGCCUGGCCCGCUGAAGAAGUGGACGAAGACAAGGAGCGGUUUAUGCUUAAAGAUCUCAACUUUACGUUUCCUUCAAAGGGCCUGAGUGUCAUAUCCGGGAAAACAGGAUCUGGUAAAAGUUUGCUUCUUGCUGCCAUUAUCGGCGAAGUCGAUAUUAUCGAGGGUAUAGUUCGCGUUCCCGUGGCUCCCCCCCUUGAAGAGAGAUUUGACGACCAAGCUACGAAAGCAAAUUGGAUUAUUGAUUCCGCUAUUGCUUAUGUAUCCCAGGUGCCUUGGAUUGAAAAUGCGUCGAUUAAAGAUAACAUCUUGUUCGGAUUACCAUUUGAUAUUGACCGAUACAACAAGGUGUUAUUUGCUUGCGCCCUUGAGAAAGAUUUUGAGAUGUUGCCUGAUGGAGAACUGACAGACAUUGGUGCGAAUGGAAUCAAUCUCAGUGGCGGGCAAAAGUGGCGCGUCUCCUUUGCCAGAGCCUUAUAUUCGCGGGCUGGCAUCCUCAUUAUGGAUGAUCUCUUUAGCGCGCUGGAUGCCCAUACUGGACGCCAUCUUCAUACCCACGCUUUGAUUGGGGAGCUAUGUCAAGGAAGGACCCGAAUUCUGGUCACUCACCACGUUGGUCUCUGUCUACCCCAAGCUGACUAUUCAGUCCAUCUGGAUCACGGAGUAGUUCAGCACGCAGACUCAGUAGCAGAGUUGAGAAGAACCGGCAGCCUUGCAAACAUUCUUGCACAGCCGGAAAACGAAGGCCUCGAAUCCAACGAGGGAGCUGUGGAAACCGUUGAAGAUGAGGUGGAGGAAUCAAAUACUCUUCAAAAGAUUUUGUCUCACAGGUCGCAACAAGCUAUCACAGAAGGUCAUACGGACAGUGUCCCUAACGCGUCGGUGCCAAAAAAGUUCCAACAAGAAGAAAAACGUGAAACUGGUUCUAUCAAGCUUACCCAUUAUAUACAAUAUUUCCAAAGUGGUGGAGGAGUAAUUUAUUGGUUCUUUGUGCUCCUUGCAUUUUGCUCAUAUGCCACAUUGACUGUUGGACGUUCCUGGUGGGUUAGUGUUUGGACUCGGUCCUCUGAGCACGCUGCAUCUGGCAACCGCCUGGAUGUCAUGUCGCACCUCGCAACCAAAUCCCGGCAGCCAGACUCGGGUCAUUCGCUGUGGUUCUAUUUAGGUAUAUAUUUCGGGCUGUCCGUGGCGUCAUGCGUUGUCGGUGCGAUCCGAUAUCUAUUCCUGCUCAAAGCCGCUAUUCAGGCAUCACGAAACAUAUUCAAGAAGCUCACGUAUACCGUCUUGAGGGCGCCGCUCCGCUGGCUUGACACGAUUCCGGUUGGUCGAAUCCUCAAUCGGUUCACAGCGGAUUUUAACAUGAUUGACUCUAAAUUGCCAUACGAUUUGGGUUUCAUGUUGUAUAAUGUCCUUGACGUGUUCGGUAUCAUUGCGGCUGGAUUCUUAGUGUCUCCGAUGCUUAUAUUAUUCGCGCUGCUUCUCUUGGCCGUUUCUCUUUAUUACUCGCAUUUCUUCCUUGCUGGAGCUCGAGAGAUCAAGAGACUGGAGAGCAACGCGAAAAGCCCUGUAUUCGAACAAUUUGGCUCUUCUCUGAUCGGCCUCACAACCAUCCGUGCCUUUGGAAAAGCUCAAACCUAUGUUGAGCGCAUGCUCUGGAAAAUUGACCACCAUGCCCAGGCGCAUUGGAACCUGUGGUUAUUCAACAGAUGGCUGAGUUUCCGUAUGAACAUGGUUGGGGCAGUAUUCUCUACUUUGACCGCGGCACUUAUUGUUUCGCUGAAAGGAAUUGAUGCGUCACUGGCCGGAUUCGCACUCAGUUUUGCACUACAAUAUUCAGCAUCGAUCAUGUGGGCUUUACGUCGAUAUACCAAUGUUGAACUAAACAUGAACGCGACCGAACGGGUUCUGGAGUAUUCAGCUAUUGCGAUUGAGAACCAACAGGGAUCAGAUGUGCCGGCUGCGUGGCCAACGGAGGGACGACUUGAAGUCACCGAUCUAGUCGUUGGAUAUGCUCGUGACUUACCUGCGGUUUUACGAGGGCUCUCUUUUACGGUCGAGAAAAACCAGCGAAACGAGUGCAACUUGUUUCCACUGUGUCCGCUCAAGGCACACGUCCAACUUCAUCCACCGACUCAGCUCUCCAGGCCUCAGGGAUAUCGGACUGCACUACACCAACCCUGA